AUGUCAGAAGUUGAGCAAUUUUACGUUACUUCGUACACAUUGAAAUGGGAGAUCGAACAUUUUUACAGAAGACACAUGGAAAAUGAAAUUUAUUUUCAGUCGCCAGCCUUCAGGCCAAAUUUUGGAAUCGAUCGCGAUAUUAGAUGUAUGCUAAUUACUUUUUACUGUAAAGAUAAAAGUGAAAAUUAUUUAAGUCUAGUUCUAUUUGGUUUAGGGGUUGAAAAUGAGGUUCAUUUGAAAAUUUUCAAUAAUAAAGGUGAAGUGGUAGUGAAUCAGAACCUACUAGAUAAGAAAAUUGGUGUUUCAAAAUUAGGAAAGACCUUUCCUGAUUUUGAGCAAAUAUCGACAUCUGCUCAAUUUUAUUUCCGAAAUUUUACAUUUGAUUCAGUAAAUGAUAUGCUAAAUGAUGAUAAAUUGACAGUUGAGCUUGAAAUAACGGUUAAUAAUAAUAAAACAAACCUCCAGAAGCCCGAAAACUUAGAAGUUGGGAAGAGAGAAAAUGAUAUUGUAGAGACUCUCUCUGCACUAUUUAACGAUGACAAAUAUAGCGAUGUAACUCUUGUGGCGGAAGGAAAAACCUUAAAAGCUCAUAAGUGUAUACUAGCAAAAAGAAAUUCAGUAUUUGCCGCCAUGUUUGACAUCGACAUGAAGGAGAAGCAAAAGAAUACCGUAGAAAUAGAGGAUAUGAAGUACGACGUUCUCGUGGAACUGAUCCGUUUCAUUUAUACCGAAAAGGUCAAUAACAUUGUUGCAAUAGUCGAUGAACUUGCAAUCGCAGCAGAUCAAUACGCAGUCGAUAGUUUGAAGAAAAUGUGCGAGAAGACGAUGGGAGAAAACUUGAGCCUGGAAAACUUCGUCGGCUGUCUCCAUCUCGCCGACAAGCUCCACAUGAAUCAGUUGAAGCAGGAAGUGAUUAUGUUCAUCUUUAAAAAUGCUAGUGAUAUCAGUGAUAAACCAGAAUUUGAUUCGGUGCCUGAUGACAUUGUUCGUCAAGUAUUUCGGUGUUUGGCGAAAAAAAUAGAAGAGAUAGACGACACACAUGAAUAA